UUUCUCCCAUAAGCCCCUUCCUCUCCUCAUAAUAACUCCUUCCAUUUUUACUCUGCUUACCUAUGCCUCCCUCCCCCACAUUUCUCUCUCUGAUGCUUGUUUGUGAUCAUUCCCCUUCGACUGCUUAUUAACAUAUUUUGAUUUAUGUUUAACUAAAGGGCGGUACAAAUUCACCCCCUGCCCACUAUGUAUCACCGUUAUCAGUGUGAGAUUUGGUGAGUGAGGACUUGCCACACUAUAGCUUAAGGAUCACGUCCCGGCGUAGACGUUUUGACAACUGCAUGGAUGUGACCUUACAGAGAUCAGAGCAAUUUUUUAGACUGUGGUGAAACUUAACUCCUGCUUUAACCUCUGUGUCUCCCACAGGCUGCCCUGCGUGAGUGUGUGCUGGUCUGCAUAUGUCCACACAUUUGGGAAUCCAGACACAGCUGUUUUCUCUCUUUGGAGUCAAAAGGAAGUGUAAGGAUAAAAGUGUGUGUUUGUGUGUGUGUGUCUGGGUUCACCGGGAGAGAGAGUUCGGACUUUCUGAACUUUGAGUGCUGUACACAUCCUGACUUUGAGUCUGUUUUUGACGGCUCGCCAUGGAAAGCCUGGAAUUCGAAAAGAAGGAAAAACGGUACUUUAUCCGAGGCAAGCAUGCUGCUAUCAUCUGCGCCGUCGUCAUCGUGACAGGUGUUGCCGUGGGGCUCGGAGUUGGUUUGAGCCAGAAGACCUCCUCAUCCGAAGAUGAAACCAAACCAACACCAUCACCCACAACACCGUUACCUACAAUGCCGCCAGAUGACCGGGGUCCCUGUAAACCAUCCAACAACACAAACGGCGGCUGGAACAACUUCCGCUUACCUGACUACAUGGUACCCUUCCAUUACGAUCUGCAUCUGGAGCCCGACCUCGACACAGACAUCUACACCGGGAGCGUGUCCAUCCAUCUGACCCUGACGCAGCCCAGUCAGCACCUGUGGCUCCACAUCCGAGAGACUUUUGUCACUGCCGUGCCCUCUCUACAGCGCAGCGGCCUGUCCGGCUUGACCUCUGUUGGGGUGAAGGAAUGCUUUGAGUACAAGCCGCAGGAGUAUGUGGUUGUGGAGGUGGCCGAGCAGCUGAGUGUCACUGGCCCAGACGAGCACUACGUCCUCACUCUACACUUCCAGGGCUGGCUCAACGGCUCUCUGGUUGGUUUCUACAGGACCACAUAUCAGGAGAAUGGAGUUACCAAGAAAAUUGCUGCAACAGACCACGAACCCACAGAUGCUCGUAAAUCUUUUCCCUGUUUUGAUGAGCCCAACAAAAAGGCCACCUACACAAUCUCCAUCACCCAUGACAGUGCAUAUGAAGCGCUGUCCAACAUGCCUGUGGAGAACAUAGAAAAAGUGUCAGACCAAAAGACAAAAACAUCCUUUAAAAAAUCAGUAAAGAUGAGUACCUAUCUGGUAUGUUUUGCGGUUCACCAGUUCCACUAUGUGGAGCGGAUCUCGAAAAGAAAUAUACCAUUGCGGAUCUUUGCUCAGCCUUUGCAGAUCUCAACUGCUGAAUAUGCUGCAAAUGUCACCAAGAUUAUAUUUGAUUACUUUGAGGAAUAUUUUGACAUGGAAUAUUCUAUAGAGAAACUUGAUAAGAUAGCGAUCCCAGACUUUGGGACAGGAGCAAUGGAGAACUGGGGCUUGAUCACUUACAGAGAAACCAACCUGCUGUUCGAUGAGAAGGAGUCCUCCUCAAUCAACAAACAGCGAGUGGCCAGUGUCAUUGCACAUGAGCUCGUUCACCAGUGGUUUGGAAAUAUUGUGACUAUGGACUGGUGGGACGACCUGUGGCUGAACGAGGGCUUUGCCAGCUUUUUUGAGUAUGUGGGAGUGGAACAAGCUGAGUUUGACUGGGGAAUGCGGGACAUCAUGCUUAUCAAUGAUGUAUUUCCUGUCAUGGUUGAUGAUGCUCUUUUCUCUUCCCAUCCUAUUAUCGUGGAUGUGUCCAGCCCUGCUGAGAUCACAUCUGUGUUUGAUGCAAUCUCAUAUAACAAGGGCGCUUCUAUUUUACGAAUGCUGGAGGACUUGCUUGGCCGUGACACAUUUAGAGAUGGAUGUCGACAAUAUCUAAAAAGCAACCCAUUCCAGAAUGCAAAGACUGCAGACUUCUGGAAAGCCUUGGCUGAUGAGAGUGGGUUACCUGUGGCAGAAAUUAUGGACACAUGGACCAAGCAGAUGGGUUAUCCUGUGCUGACACUGACCAACACAGCCACUGAAGCUAAACUCACCCAGACCAGGUUUCUCCUGGAUCCUAAUGCUGAUCCCAGCCAGCCCACCACUCCCCUGGGCUACAAAUGGACCAUUCAUGUGAAAUGGCGCACAGUCGACUCCAAAAACGCCUCUUUCCUAUUUGACAAGGGAACAACAGAGGCAGUCAUUGCUGGAUACUCCCCUGCUACCGAUGGUCUCAUCAAAGUCAACAAAGACCACAUGGGCUUUUACAGAGUAAAUCACUAUGACCAUGUGUGGAGCGCUAUUGCGGAGCAACUUUCUGUGAAUCAUCAGGUGUAUGAUGCAACUGACCGAAGCAGCUACAUUGAUGAUGUAUUUGCAUUUGGACGGGCAGAUAUUGUCGAUUAUGGACAUGCCUUCAACUUAACAAGAUAUCUGGCCAAUGAAACAGAGUAUAUUGUGUGGGACAGAGUAUCUACUUCUAUCUCCUAUGUAAGAGAUAUGUUGGCUGAUGAUCCAGUGCUCUACCCCAAAUUCCAGAAACUCUUCCGUGAGCAUGUGCAGAAGAUAUCCAGAGAGCUUGGGUGGAAUGAUGAGGGGACGCAAACACAGCAGCUGCUGAGAGAGACAGUUUUGGGCAUUGCAUGUCAGAUGGGUGACCAGGAAGCUCUCAACCAAACCACUGACAUUUUCAAUAAAUGGAUCGAUGGAACAAUUAGCAGUGUGGCUGUCAAUUUACGAUUGCUAGUGUACCGAUAUGGAAUGAAUAACUCAGGAUCAGUCCAGAGCUGGGAAAUCAUGUUCCAGAAGUAUAUCUCUGCCACUCUUGCCCAGGAGAAAGACAAACUGCUCUACGGCCUGGCUUCAGUAGAAAAUAUCACUCUCCUUAAUAGGUUGCUUGAAGCUGCUAAAAAUGAAAGCAUUGUGAGGAGUCAAGAUGUUUUUACUUUAGUGCAAUAUGUAUCACGAAACCCAUAUGGCAAAACCAUGGCCUGGGACUGGAUGACACUCAACUGGGAUUACCUAGUGAACAGAUAUACUAUUAAUGACAGAAACUUGGGCCGCCUGCCCUCCAGAAUUACUAGUACAUACAACACUGAUCUGCAGCUGUGGAAGAUGGAGCACUUUUUUGCACUGAACCCGAAUGCAGGAGCAGGUGAGAUGCCCAGGAAGCAGGCACUAGAGACUGUGAAGAACAAUAUCGAAUGGAGGAAACGGAACCUGGAUGAGAUCCGGGACUGGCUGAAGAACAAUGUACACUAAUGCUGUAAGGGACCAGCAUCAGAACAAAUUUUCCACCCCCCACAAGUCAAUUAAUUGCUCAGGGCAGCUUGAAAAUGAAUUUUUAGCUAAGAGCCACAAUUUAAAACAAACACUCUCAUUACAAAAUAGUCUUGGAUGCUGUUGGCAUGACAUUUAAAUGAACAAAUAUUCUCUUUGGAACUAGGCAUUACAAAUAUUUAGGCACUGUACAUUCUUUAU